CUCAUUAACUCCAUCUUCAGUGAUUUGGCCAGAACCUGCUGCCAGUCUGAAAGAGUUGGGGGAAUGUACAAGUCAAAGAUCCCUCAGGCCCAGAACCAGGUCAGUGUCAAGGUCACUCCCAAGGACACUGAGAUGAAAACAGCGGAAGAGCCCAGCCCGAGUCUUGGGCAGACCUUGGAGUGGCUGAGAAAGGAGCUGUCUGAGAUGCAGAUUCAAGAUCAGAGGCUCCUGCUCACACUGAGGCAUCUUCACAGUGUCCUGGAGGAGCUGCGUGCUGACAGCACCCACUGGGAGGACGCCAGGUCCAGCGGAGGGACAUCCCCCAUCAGAGCUCGAGCGGGCUCCGAAGGCAGGGGCUGCCAGCCGGUUUGCUCAAGGGGUCUGGCCCAGCUCCUCCGAGGGGAAGACAGCAGACGAAGCUCUCUCCCUUAAUUGGACAGAGAUGACACUGGGCUUUAACACUCUCCCCAUUAGUCUAAACUUUCACUGUGAUAUUUCAGGGGCAGAGUGUUGGAAUGGGAGUCAGAAAGCCAGGGCUCUGGGUUCAUUUCUGCCCUCAUCUGCUGUGCAUCCCUGGAUCUGUCACUCAACUUCUCUGUGUCUCUGGUUCCUUUUCUGUUACUUGGGAUUUCUUGGUGAGGCACACAUAAGGUAUUGAAUGUGAACACACUUUUCGACUGAAAACACAAACGUGCUCUAGUGCUCUGGCAAGCACUAUGGCAGUAACCCUAUCCUUGGGAAUUUUUCACAAGGCAAUUGUUACAACAAAGAACUAGAUGUGCAGUAAUGGUUACCAAGUGUUGCCAUGGUGAAAAUUCCAAACCCUGUGUAAUGACUUAGUGGCUGUUUUCUGUCUUCCCAGGAAGCCUUCCCAUUCCCCUUCAUCUGAUAACAUAUUAGGCCCCAUAACCACCCUGGCCAUAGGCAUGGGUAUAUUACCAGGCCUAGCCAAUGAUAUAAUCCAUGGUUGCCCUAAAAAGAUGAUUGGCCCAAUGGAUGGGCAUGUGAACCAACAGAGCCAAUCACCAACCUUCCCUGAGAUUGCUACCUGGAUGUUCUUUCUAUUACACUUAGGCUGAGGCUGCUGGUGGCCAUGUUCCUACCAGGUAAAGAAGACCUGUCUGCAGUAGGAAGGAAAGAGGCUAAUCUCCAAAGAGAAUUAGAGAGAGGGCCACACAACAGAUGGAUGGAGAGGAAGAGCACUGGCUCUUUUUGGUCCCUGGUUUUAGGUCCUAGUUUUGUGAGUUAAUCCUGCAUUCUUUCCAGGGACCAAAGCCAGUCAAUUUCACCCCCCACCACAGCCACACACAGCAAUUUGUUUUUGGUUAAGCUGAUUUGAGCAGUUUCCCUCAUUUGCAGCUAGAAUGGUCCUGAGGAAUACGAUCCAGAUGUUCAAAGAAUCAAAGAAGAGAAAUCAAUAUGAAAAUGGCAUUUCAUUCAAUGAGGGUUUGUGACAACAACCUCUGUAACAGCAGGCAACCAGGCUUGUGAUAGAGCAGAGACACUCAGUUGUGUGGGGUGCUGCAGUCAUAACUGAAAAAUUGUAUCUGCCUAUAAGAAAGACUAAAACAGAAAAGGUGAAAAUAAAAAAGUCAUGGUGUUAAGAUGGUCUGAUGAUUGGUAGGCCUUUUUGUUUUUGAAAAUCUACCUGUAUGUUGCUAGAACAUUGUUUUUAUGGCUUUGAAAAAGUAAAUCGAUUGCAUGUAGAGGCAGAGUGGAGGGGGUGCAUUAUAAGUAUAAUGUUUGUAGUCAGAUCAACCUGUGAUUUUUAUAUUUGAUAAUAUAAAUGAUACCUGCUCUGUGAUGCUGGAGCUGGGUCCCUGCAAAGCACCUUUUGGUGUUACCAGCUGCUCCCUGUUAGAGUUUGUUAGGCUUUGCCAAUAUACAGGGUGGAGUUAGACUUCAAGUCUAGAGGAGAGAAAAGGGACUUGCUCCUUCUUCUUGUUUCCCUGUGGGCUUCCUGUUCCUAUGAACAUCUCCCAGCAAUGUUUCUUCACUACAGGCAGCAAUUCCUUCAUGACCAGACUUCUCCAGGAUCCAGGUUCCAGACUCCUGGGGCCCCUUCCAGGAGCUCAGAGACAUCAGCUUCAGAUGCCAGUCCCUCCUCCCCUGAAGUGUGGGUCCCUGCCUUACCUACCUGGCCCUUUCCUGAGCUCAGAGAUACCAGCCCCAGCUGAGCUGAGUUCCUUUCUCAGAUAGCUGAAUUUAAGCUCCAGGGAAUUCCUCCUCUAAGUUUUAAAGUUUGAUAGUUUCUGCCUCUUUUCUUUGUUCCCUCAGCCCUGGAGAUGGCAGAUGCUUGCUGCAAUUGCUACCUUAAAGUUCUUUUUAUAACCUUUCAGUCACCCAGUUAACAACUUUAUACCUAGUUAGCAAUUCUUUAUAUUAAAUUUUCUGUGUUAAAA